UGUGUGUUUUGUUGUGGUUGAUCUUUCGAUUUUGAUUGUAAUGUAAUGAAAAGUUAAACGUCAAUAUUUCAAUUCUAAAGAGCAAUUCGAUUCUUAAAAUUAAUAACAAUUAUGUUUAAUGUAGAAUCAGAUUUUGGUAGUGAUAUUUUUUGAAAACGAGAUGGGCCUACAAGCAGCUGUACAAGCAUUAAAAAAAGCUGAUCGACUGAAAGAGAAGGUCAUAAAUUGUGAAGACAUACUAAACGACAACGAAGCUUGGCUUUGUCAGCAGCAGUUGCAGGAAAUUUAUCAACAAGUGCUCAUUCUAGACUUAGAAUAUGCUUUGGACAAAAAAGUUGAACAAGACCUGUGGAGUCAUGGAUUCAAGAAGUAUAUUGCAACUUUACAAGCUCUCGCUAAGGACAAAAAGAACCAAAAGCGUCGUGAGUCCCAAGCACUGCUGACGUCCUGCCUGGACACAGCCAGCGGGUUCUACCUGGCGCUACUACAAGAGCUGUGCACCACGUUUGACCUGGACUUGCCUUUCCGGCGCAAGGACGUGACCCCUGGUGUGUGCAGACGACCCGGCGCCAAGCCACAGUCUCAGCCGCAUCGCAACUCCUGCUACUACAUCUGUCAGCACUGUCUGGUGCAUCUGGGGGACAUUGCUAGGUACAGGAAUAACAGUCGACAGGCCGAGGUCUUCUACAGACAUGCAGUACAGUUGAGUCCGACUAGUGGUCAACCAUACAACCAGUUGGCACUACUGGAGGCUAGCCGCGGAGACAGACUCAGCACAGUGUUCCACUACAUGCGCAGCAUUGCUGUCAGACACAUGUUCCCUGCGGCCUCGUCCAACCUGGCUCUCACACUGGAGAAAUGCGCCACACAUCAGUGGAAUAAAGACACAGUGGCUACAAAACUGACCACAGUAGAAUAUCUAUCGCUGUACCUGAAGCUGCACGCCUUCUUCCACUCCUGUCGGGAACUGGAGGUUUGCGGAUCUUACGUUAAGACACUCACUGACACUCUUACACCUCAUAUUGCCACUCAGAGCUUCAACUCAUGGAAACUUGUCCAGAUGUUUACCAUCAAUGUGUUUGCGUACUAUCACCCCUGCAGAGACGGGGAGACAGCCGGUGAGUUGACUCAGGAUGAAGUGAAGAUGCGUAGUUACGUUGUCGACUUGAUAGCGGGCUCGCUCAACGCUUACUUGCUGCCUGUCUACACACUCAAACAGGACGAGACGCUACUUGACUACUUUGCUCUGCCAGUCAUAAAGUUGACACUGGAGUGGGUGAGACUACAGCCUCAUGUGUUGACAGAGGAAGGAUUCAGCAAGAGACUACAGAUCUGGCCCAGUCUCAGUAGACUGCUCAAUGUGCUGCACUCGUCUCUCACGGGCUUUUCCGCUGAAUCUUAUGACAAGGUGCCUCUACCAGAAGACAGUGAUUUACAAGGGUUUAUGCCACUUGAGAAGGCAUUUGCUGAUCUAAAUUUCAGCCUGAAAGAAGGCAGCGCUGUGUCCAGCAAGUUGAGAGCCGCUCGUCUUCUUCAGCUCGGAGAAUGGCUCACUCAAAACACCCCUAACCUCAUACAGGCUAAGAUGAAUGACGGUAAAGUAGUGUACGAGGCGGUCUGCGGAGUGACAGUGCUGCCGUCUAGUGAACUGAUUCGUGAACUAGAGGAGUUGAGCCUCAACAAAGUGUCAUCUCCGUCGCCUGCGCCCUCGGAGACGGCCAGUAGUCGUACCAGCAACACCACGCCUGAUCUGCAACUUCACAACCCCUCACUGGAUAUACUGUCAGCCCUCGACACCGUGCAGGAAAAACGAGCUGGUAUUUUGAAGCCUCAAGCAAUAAUUUCAGACGAGGGAGGAAAUGUGAGUAAGAGUCGGUCUCGUCAAAAUGUGGCGAUGCAGGCGAUUCUUCGGCGGUCACAGGAACAGGAAAUCAAACAGGUGACAUUCAAGACUCCGUCACCGCCUCCCCAAGUCAUGCCUGCUGCAAUGCCCCGCCAUUCGCUACCUCCCCCGCCUAGCUUCCCCUACCCUCCACCACCCUUGGCUCCACCUUCACGCCCCCCGUGGCCGGAUGACCCGCGAACUCCGUCUUGGUGGUCAGCGCCUGAAAAUACUCUGCCUCCGCCGCCCAGGACGUUGUCGUUUAGUGGGCUGACACAGCCUGCGAUGCAACAACCACCUUCCAAUGAUAUUUUCAACAACAGUCUCAACUUCAAGAAUCCCUUCCCCACUAUGUUCUCCCAACCUCCCCCCUUUUCACCCCCUCACACGGAGCCUGCUAAGACUCAGGUGGAACCGCCGCAGCCCAACAACAUGAUGACCCCGACUUACUCACUGUUCAGCCCUACUUGGACGGCCCCACAACACCCCCCGCCACCCGUAGUUGGCAUCCUGGGACAACAGUCGCUGUGGUAUGGGCCUGGUCCGUCACCAUUGGAACGUUUACUGGAGCAACAAAAACAGCUAAGAGAAGGUCCCGGGCCACACCAUGACAACACCUGAACACCGUAAAUACCCUCGGACUUCUGGAGUAAACAAACAAGUAAACAAUACGCGUUAUCAGAUAUCAGCAUUGUUUUCAUGAAGAAAAUCACUGAUAUUUGUGAGCCAAACUGUGUUUUUCUAAUUGCAGUUUUUCUAAUGGCUUGGUCAAUGUUUGGUUCUUUUUAUCUGUUCACUGGUCUAGCUUGUGUUAAAUUAUUUAAUUGCUUCCAGUUUUAGUAGUAUUUGAAAUGACAACAGCCUAAUUAUUUAAUAAGUUUUAUGUUCUUUUAUUAAAUUACGACGGUUUGAAAAUGUCA